AUGGCCUCCGCCGACGCUGGCUCUGGCGGCUCUCUGCCGCCCAACUUCUUCUUAACCCCGCAGCAGCAGAACUUGCUCUUCGCGGCCCUCAAUUCGAACAAGCCACAGCAAAAUGGCGGGGGACUGACUCUUUCGCCCAACUCAUUCGAAACGUCGCCGAUACAGAGCCGCCAUGACAACCACCACCACAACAACAAUCAGGCCCUCAACGAGAGCCCUUUUCUCGACACUCUCAAUGAAGACCUUGGAGACUCGAGUUUCGACUUUUCAUUCGCUGACGAUCAACAACCGCGCAUGAUUGGUGAACUUCCCCAGACAGUCAAGUCGGAACCGUCGGACACAGACAACCACGAGAAGAGGAGCCACCCCGAUGACGAAGAGGAUGAUUUGCAGGACCCCAAGCGAAGAGAGAGCACCGAUAAGGUUCCCAAGAAGCCGGGACGCAAGCCACUCACAAAUGAACCAACCUCGAAGCGCAAGGCUCAAAAUCGAGCAGCUCAGAGGGCGUUCCGUGAGCGCAAGGAGCAGCAUUUAAAGGACCUCGAGACCAAAGUCGAAGAACUCACACAAGCAUCCGAACAAGCCAACCACGAGAACACGAAGCUGCGAGCUCAGGUCGACCAAAUGAGCACCGAACUCAAGCAGUACAAGCAGAGGCUCUCCUUAAUGUCCAAUCCCACCAAGCCAGUCGCCAGGAAGGAUCAUACUUUCGGCAGCUCUGCUGUCGGCAAUCUCGCCGACGUGAACUUCCAGUUCAACUUUCCCAAGUUUGGCGGCAGCUUGCCUGGCUCUACGGCCAACAAGCAGCCUCGCUCAGCCUCACAGCCCAUCAGCCCGCAAAACAGCGUCGCCAGCCAACCGGCCAAGAGUCGCACCCUCGAUAACAAGUCACCAUCCACCUUCUCUGAUACCCAAUUCAAGGACGACCUGGCCAAGUUUUCUGGCAUCUUUACGCCGUCCAUGACGAGCUCCUCUGCUGGCAGCGCGUCGCGAGCGAGCCUGGACUCUGCACAGUAUUCACUCGGCGGCGCAACUAGCUCUCCCUCGGCAUCCUCCAACUCGAAUGCCGGGCCGAGUUCGUCGUGUGGGACUUCACCAGAACCCUUUACGCAGUCGCCUCUUGGUUCGAAGCCGAUUGAGACCAUGACAACCAUUGGCGAAGAGCAAUCCAACACAUCGUCGGAGCCGUUUGCGCAGUUUGCGAACAUUGGUUUCAACAACAGCACCAACUUUGACUGGCUGGCGAACCAGAAUGGUGGAAGUUUUGAGCCUCAGUUGUUUGGCGACUUCCGCGAGCCUCAGGAGAACAUUCUGUCGGACCCCUCCUACGAUGACUUCUUCAACGACGCACUCAACGCGGACUUCUUCACGCCGUUUAAUGUCCCACCCGAAUCAUCACUUGGCAAGGUCGACACUGCCCACACGAGCUCGGCACCCAAGGCCAGUCUCAUCGAUUCCAUUGAUGCACAGAAGGAGGACUACGACGAUAGUCUCAAGCCAGCUAAAGAAACCAUGAACUGCAACCAGAUCUGGGAAAAGUUGCAAAAUUGUCCCAAGGCCCAGAGCGGCGAGUUUGACCUGGACGGUCUCUGCUCCGAGCUCACGAAGAAGGCCAAGUGCUCUGGCACCGGACCUGUUGUUGGGGAGAAAGAGUUUGACUCCAUCCUGAACAAGUACAUGGGCGACUACGAUUCCAAGUGCGUCGCCAACUCGCUCGGCAUUGAGGUCGACCGCAGCACCAAGUCCAACGGCGUCGGCCUCCCAUGA